AUGGAUGUUGAAAGCCCAGAAUUGCGGGGAUACCCCUACAAACCUCUGAAGUCGCUCAGUGAUAUUCGCGUGAUUUCGCUGCUACCGGCGCGAACAUACAACACCAGACUGGAAAUCCGGCUUACAGACGUUAACCGCUUUGAUAUACUCCUUGGGAGUGCCGAUACUCCUUCUUAUGAAGCGGUAUCGUACUGUUGGGGCGAGCCAAAUCUUUCGCAUACAUUGGUCUGCGACGGCCAGUGGACUUUGGGUAUUACUGCAAACGUCGAUACAAUGCUACGAACUCUCCGAAAACAGAACAAGACUCGCUAUCUUUGGAUUGAUGCGAUUUGUUUGAACCAGAAAGAUAAUGAGGAGAAACGGGUUCAAGUGGGCCUGAUGGGAGACAUCUUCUCGGAAGCUGCUAAGGUACAUAUCUGGCUUGGGGAAGGUGAAGAUGAUGCAAUCAAAAAGAUUUUUACAGCUAUGAGAUAUAUUGACGCUCGCCGCACUGUAAGACCAGGAGGGAUAGGAGACUACAGCGUUUUUGUCCUCAACUCUAUGUGCGGCAAGGAUAGCGUUCGGAUCUUCAACGCCUUCUUCGCACGUCCCUGGUUCACAAGGCGAUGGAUAUUACAGGAAGCGGCCCUUGGUCGUAACAAGACUGUUCGGUGCGGGCGCCACAAAAUUAGCUGGAGUACCUUCGUUAACGCAGUACAUCGUCUCUCACAUUCUAAUCCGCCGUUCCCAACACUAAGGAUUCGAUUUAAGUCAACACUGGAUCAUAUUGGAACAUAUGAUAGUGUCCAAGAGAACGAUUUACUUCCUUUUCUGUGGGAUUUCGACGAGGCUGAUUGCGUGAUGCCACACGACCGUAUAUAUGCUCUCUAUGGUAUGAUUAAUUUCGAACGGCCAUUCUCUCUACCGGAAGUCGACUAUUCAAAACCAUGGCCCGCGGUCUUCAUGGAGAUUGCACAAAUAUAUUACCAUGAUACGUCGCGCUGGAAGAUGCAUGGGGCUUCCAUACUCCAGCAUCUAAUUUCGUUCGGCUCACUAGCUUCAACAGAUCCU